AUGAGGCUGUUUCUGCACUUGAGCGUUCUAACUGUCACCUGUGUCUGGGCCGUAGCCAUGGAGAUCCCCAUGAGCACUGUGGUGAAAGAGACCUUGAUACAGCUGUCCACUCACCGAGCUCUACUGACAAGCAACGAGACGGUGAGGCUUCCUGUUCCCACUCAUAAAAAUCACCAGCUGUGCAUCGGAGAAAUCUUUCAGGGUCUAGACAUACUGAAGAAUCAAACCAUCCGUGGGGGUACCGUGGAGACGCUAUUCCAAAACUUGUCAUUAAUAAAGAAAUACAUUGACCGACAAAAAGAGCAGUGUGGCCAGGAGAGGCGGAGAGCCAGGCAGUUCCUGGAUUACCUGCAAGAGUUCCUUGGUGUGAUGAGUACAGAGUGGACAAUGGAAGACUGAGGCUGAGCUGGCCCAGAGAAGAGAUGACGUCAGAUCUUAUUUGAAGUCAAUUUUUAAACUGAUGCAUAAAAUCCAAAAAUAGUACAAAUUAAGGGUUACCAUACACUGUUUCCACUCAUCUACGCCACGCAGUCAAGUUAAACCUAUCUCCUCAAAUGUUGAUCAUUUGCAUAUGACAAAAUAUUUAACACUCUUUUUGUGCUAUUCUCUCCAACCUCUGGUAACCCCACCUCUGCUCUCAAUUCCCAUGAGGCUAACUAUAUGUCCUUAUGUAUGAAUCAGAUUGUGUCAUGAUCAUCUUUCUGUGCCUGGAGUAGCCAGAUUUUGGAGACGGCAAGGGAUAUCCCAUUGCAGUGAGAAUGAGAGCCAACCAUAUGUUGGACCUCACUUUUCGGUGUAAUUGAACUUAAGAAGCAAAGUAAAUGCUUCAUGUAUACUGUCACUUUGCUAUCCCACACAAGCAGAAAGCACCAAAUGGUUGAAGUGUGAUUCAUGUAUCAGGGUCACUGAAGAAGCCUCCUCCAGUUUACUCUAGGAAAAAUAGAUGUAUGCUUUUAUUUAAUUCUGUAAGAUGUCCGUAUUAUUUAUGAUGUGUUUAAGGAUUCAGUAAGUUAUUAUUUAUUGCAAUGUGUGCAAUGUUCUAAUAAAG